GAUCGCUUCCGGGUCACGGAUUGAGGCGGCUUUGCGUGUCCCGCCUCUACGGGCAAAGCGGGUCGGUGAUUGGCAGCGUGGAGAGGAUCGGUUCCGGGUGAGGCUGGCCCCCCAAGAGGAAGAUGGAGGUAGCGGCCGCUCUCCCCUCAGGGCGGCUCCUGCUGCUGGCGCUAGUCGGGCUGGGCCUGGCCCAGGCGGACGGGGGGCCCCGCACCCUGGUGCUGCUGGAGAACAUCAACCUGCGGGACACGCACUCGCUCUUCCUCCGGAGCCUGGCGGAUAGAGGCUUUGACCUCACCUUCAGGACUGCUGAUGACCCUGGCCUGUCCCUCAUAAAAUAUGGAGAAUUUCUGUAUGACAACUUGAUUAUUUUCUCCCCAUCUGUAGAAGAUUUUGGCGGAAACAUCAAUGUGGAGACAAUUACUGCUUUCAUCGACGGAGGCGGAAGUGUCCUUGUGGCUGCCAGUUCUGACAUUGGUGAUCCUCUGCGAGAGCUGGGCAGUGAGUGUGGAAUAGAGUUUGAUGAGGAAAGGACAGCAGUCAUUGACCAUCACAACUAUGAUAUCUCAGACCCAGGCCAGCACACGCUCAUUGUCGCAGACUCUGAAAAUCUGCUGAAGGCUCCCACCAUUGUGGGGAAAACUCCAUUAAACCCUGUUCUCUUCCGAGGAGUUGGUGUGCUGAAAACACCAAAUUCUUGGUAAGAGUCUCUUACCUGGAGAUCUACAAUGAAGACAUAAGAGAUUUGCUAGGAGCCGACACCAAGCAAAAGUUGGAG